AUGGCCACACGCAACACAUCCCAAGUCUACGAACAGAAUGAUAAUCAAACUGGGCCCAAUCAUGUAAUCUCAUGGAAGCGCAUCAUCUGGCCAUUUUGCUGUAUGAUACCACAAGUAAACAAUUUGAAUGAACUAAUCUUUUUAUUAUUUUGGGCCUUCACAUACCAGAAUAAUAACGCUGGUACAGGUCGUAGUAGACAACUUUCAAUUGACUCUACAGCUUCUACAUUUAACUAUUCAUUUGCUGAGAGCCCCACCACCGCCACUCCUCCGACGCCUAUUGCUUCUCCCUUGAACGAGAAUUCUAGCAAACAGGAUCUGUCAGAUAGCUUACAACCACAACAGACGCACAGUGUCCAGAGUUGCACUAGUGUGGACGAAAACGAGGAGAUGGUCUUGAAUGUAUAUGGUCGCUCGAUUCCUCGCUCUCGCUGCCAAUCUUUAGACGCUGGUUCGGAACUUGGAUGUGAUAGCGCGCGUCCAUAUUAUCAUAACGGCCAACCUGAUAGGCCAUACACUCCUGGGUUAGAGACAGAUCCUUUUGUAGCUGCAAGUCACUCUCUAGAUAUUGCUUUUUAUCCUACGAAGGUUUAUGUGGGUAACCUUCCAGAGUCAGCAUCUCUCACCAGCCUUCGAGUUGCUUUUCGACCAUUUGGUGAUAUUGACGACAUGAACAUUGUUGAAGACAAAGAUUACGGAUUUGUGACAUUCAAGGAACCUGAAGCAGCACAGCAAGCUUUGGAAAAAAUGAAUGGGGCGGUCUUAGAAGGAACUGUGAUCCGAGUUAACAGAGCCAAGAUCCCGGAAAGGAACCACCAUGGCUUUGCAGGCGUAGCUUGGAUGGAUGAGGACGGUGAACUCACGAGGAUGGAAGAGGAACAGCAUAAACAGGCUGCUGCAAUUGCGAAACCCUUUGCGCCAUCCUUACUUCCAAGCCCCUCUGUGUCCUCGUCCUCGUCCUCGUCCUCGCCUGACCGACCCACCCGCACCAUCCAUCAGCUUCCUCCACGACCGCGGUCACCAAAACCUCCUCUCAAGCCUGCAAACGUACUCCCCCCUAUUGGCACAGACCCGCGCGCGGUCAUUGUGGCUCGUGGCGGUGGACGUCAGAUAUUAAAAUACGACGAUUUGUAA